AUGCAGGUACAAUUCACCGAUGCGGAUGAGAUUCGCAUUCUCGUUGCCACCGACAAUCAUGUGGGCUACGAGGAACGUGAUCCGAUCCGUGGAGACGAUAGUUGGAAAUCGUUUGACGAGAUUAUGAACUUGGCCCGGACGGAGGAUGUUGACAUGGUGCUAUUAGCAGGCGACCUAUUUCAUGACAACAAGCCGUCCAGGAAAGCCAUGUAUAAAGUCAUGCGAUCGUUACGGAAGAAUUGUCUUGGCGAUAAACCGUGUCAACUCCAGUUCCUGAGCGAUGCAACCGAUGUCUUUGAUGGCGGCUUAGGGCAUGUUAACUACGAAGAUCCCGAUAUCAAUAUUUCUAUCCCGGUCUUCUCUAUCCACGGUAAUCAUGAUGACCCUAGCGGCGAAGGGAACCUUUGUUCCCUUGACCUACUUCAGAUGGCCGGACUGGUCAACUAUUUUGGGCGUGUGCCACAGGUGGAUGAGAUUCACGCCAAACCUGUUCUACUUCAGAAAGGGUUAACUAAGUUGGCACUCUACGGAAUAAGCAAUGUUCGCGAUGAACGCAUGUUCCGGAAUUUCCGCGAUCACAAUGUUAGGUGGUACCGGCCAAACCAGCAAUCGAGCGAUUGGUUCAAUUUGCUUGCUGUUCACCAAAAUCAUCACGCACAUACUGCUACCGGUUACCUGCCCGAGAACAUGCUGCCCGAAUGGUUAGAUUUGGUUGUCUGGGGCCAUGAGCAUGAGUGUUUGAUCGAUCCUAGCCAUAACCCCGAGACUGGUUUUCAUGUCAUGCAGCCAGGCUCUUCGGUUGCUACAUCAUUAGUGCCAGGUGAAGCCGUAGCUAAACACGUUGCUAUACUUACCGUCACCGGGAGGGAAUUUAAAGUAGAGAAACACCGACUAAAGUCAGUCCGCCCUUUUAUGACUUCCGAGAUCGUACUCGCGAACGAUAAGAGAUUUAAAGGCCUUGAUAAGAAGAAAGAAAAUCGACAUGAUCUCACGAAGAAGUUAAUAGGUGUAGUAGAGGAGAUGAUUGAGGAAGCGAAUGCCGAAUGGGACUCUAUUCAGGAAGAAGAUUCUCUAGAUAAUACGCGGCCGUUACCCCUAAUCCGUUUAAAGGUUGAAUAUACUGCACCGGAGGGGGGUCAAUACGACAUCGAAAACCCACAACGCUUUUCUAACCGAUUCCAAGGCAAGGUUGCGAAUACGAAUGACGUAGUACACUUCUAUCGCAAGAAGACCGUGCAGAGAAAGGCACCUAUGGGAGAGCUACCGGAAGAGCUACUUGCGAACUUAGAGGAGAUCGACGACAUCAAAGUCGACAAGCUAGUCGCGGAAUUCCUCUCCGCCCAAGCACAAUCCCUAAAGAUCCUACCUCAAGCACCUUUCGGCGACGCGGUAAACCAAUUCGUCGACAAGGAAGAUAAACACGCUAUGGAGUCAUUCGUGAGCGAGUCUUUAACAGAGCAGGUCAAGCAAAUGCUCUCCCUCGGAGACGACGACGACCUCGAAAACGCAAUGGAACAAGUCAAAGCAAGGCUCGAGCAGAAGUUCUCCGCGGGAACACUUAAGCAAGCACAACGCCGCUUCUACAAGCCGAGACCACCCCGGUACGACUCGGAUAUCGACGGCCCCUGGGAAGACCAACCCCAAGCACUCGACCACGAAGCCAUGGCUGCGGACGCAGCUAAAUCGCAGCCAUCCCAACCCGCCCCGAAACCCAAGGGCCGCGGACGCAAAGCAGUGCCCGUUGUCGAAGAAGACGAGGACAUGGACGACGUCUUCGAAGAACCGGCACCGAAGCCGAAAGGGAGGGUGAGACCAGCGGCUGCUGCUAAGCCGAAAGUAGCCGCGAAAGCGCCGGCUAAGAAAGCGCCUGCGAGAGGCCGCGGCAAGAAACAGGUCUUCGACCAAAGCGACGAGGAGGAAGAGGACGCGGAUCCGGAUGUGGUGAUGGAUGACGACGAAUACGACCCCCCGCCGCCGCCGCCGCCGAAACGUGCGCCUGUGGCUAGGGCUACGAGGGCGGCGCCGGCCAGGAGUCAGGGGUCUAGGGCUGCGUCUUCUGCUGCGAAAAGUGCGAGCUCGGGUGCGAAGACGACGAGGCAGACGAAGUUGAAUUUCGGGUCGCAGAAGGCGACGCAGGAGGAGCCGCUGGAGAUUAGCGAUGAUGAGAUCUCGGAUGAUUUUGAGGCGGUUCCUAUUGCUCGGAGUAGGAGGCGGUGAUGUGGUGAUGUUAGUGAUGUUGGGGAGGGAAGGAUGGCUGAGAUGGUUGCUAUGAGAGGUUACCUACCUAUCUAGGGUUUACGGCUUAGCUGGGUGUGGGCUUGGCUGUAUGGUGAUGGCUGGGAGGGUGUGGUAGUAUAGGUAGUGUCAAUGGAUGUAGAUGCCUGCUUGUGAAACUGGUAUGGGGGUUAGAUGUUGGUGCGUAGGUGGAUGAAUGACAAGACUAUCUAGAUUGCAUUCUGCCUAAUGUUAUAUCGAUUGACACUUAACAA